UCAUUGUCCCAACUUGCAACCACCCACACCAUGAGCGACAGUAAUAGCAGCGAGCUCAAGAUCCUCUCGCUCAACGUCUGGGGCCUGGCGUUCAUCUCCAAGCUCCGCGCGCCGCGCUUCGCCGCCAUCGCAAACUACCUCCGAGAGUCCGACUACGACGUCGUCUGCCUGCAGGAGAUAUGGAUCCACGAGGAGUUUGUGCAGUUCCGCGACGACGUGCAGGGGGUGUUACCGUACUCGCGGUUCUACCACACCGGCGCACUAGGCUCCGGCCUCGCCGUCUUCUCCCGCCUGCCCUUCCUCGAGGCGCACGCGCUGCCGUAUAACCUCUCCGGCCGGCCGAGCGAGGUGAUCGCGGGCGACUUUUUCGUCAACAAGGCGGCUGCACGCGCCGUGCUCGAUCACCCGACGCUCGGCCCAAUCGAGGUGUGGGACACACACAUGCACGCGGCGGGCGAGGGCGGGCCCGAGACGCGCCAGACGCACAGGAUUACGCAGGCGUGGCAGCUCGCCACGGAGGUGCGGGGGAGCGCGGCAAGGGGGCACUGGGUGUUUGUGAUGGGCGACUUCAACUCGCAGCCCUUUUCGCUGCCAAUCUCGCUGCUACGCACCUACGGCGGCCUGACCGACUCGUUCCUCGAGACCCACCCGCACGCCAACGACCCCGCCCCCGUCGGCCUGCAGGCUGCCCAGGCGCUCACGACGCUCGGGGUGACGUGCGACUCGCCGCUCAACUCGUGGUCGCACGGCAAGCCGAUCCCCGCGGGUAUCGCAGCGCAGGGCGGCAAGAGACUAGACUACAUCUUCUACCGCGGCCCCACCGGCGCUCACCGGGUCCACUGCGCCGAGUCGAAGGUUGUCCUCGACUCGCUCGUGCCGGGGGAGAACUUUUCCUACUCGGACCACUUUGGCCUGACGUCGACGUUCAAGAUUGACGCUGCGGCGCCAGAGGGCGAGGGGUCAGCAGGCCCGCGGGGGCAUGACGAGCCGAUGACCCCAAAGACGCACUACAGCGCCACGGCGCCGCUGCUCUCACUCGACGCGGAGGACUCGCACGUGCCCCCGUCCCCGACAUCAGCGUACGAGCUCGCGCGUGCCCACUCGUCUGGCGCGACGGCCAGCGCGAUCCGCGCGGCGGUCACCAACAUCAAGGCGUACACGCGCGAAGCAGCGAGCUACGGCACCAAGCUGACGCUGCUCGUGCCCCUCGCGAUAGUGAUCGCGCUCGGCCUCACGAUCGGCAGCGCGUGGCAGCCCAAGCCGUGGAUCCAGCCCAUCUUCACGCUCGUCGCAUUCGUCGUCGGCGCCGCCGGUGCAACGUUCCUCUACAUUGGCUGGCUGUGGACAAGGUGGGAGAGGGGGUAUCUCGACGAGUUUGUGUCCGAGAUGGAGCUUGAGCUGGCGGUGCUGCACCGCCGGGGCGAGGACUGAGCAGGUAGAUAUCUAGACUAUAAUGCAGGUG